CUGUUUAACAUAAACAUUAGAGGAUCACCGCAUGACAGAAUUUAUACAUGUAUAAUUGUGCCAUAUGUUAGAAUUUCACAGAAAAUGCAGUUAUUUCCAAAAUACCCGAAUGACAGUGAAAGUUGAACAGAUGUGUAGUUUAUAACUGUAAGCUUUGAAGAAGACAGAAAAUGGGUGAGCAGGAGAGGGUAUUGGGUGCAAGGCCGAAGAAGACAAGAUUUGAGCCGGCAGAGGAACAGCAUGAGCUGCUGGAGCAGCGCCGGUACUUUAGCAUAUUUGGCAAGAUUCCAAAGAGAUAUGUUGUGGGCAUAAUGGCCUUCUUUGGCUUCUGUAACAUUUAUGCACUAAGAGUGAAUCUUAGUGUUGCUGUGGUUGCCAUGACGACAAAUCAUACACGGUAUCUAGGUGGCAAUAAAUCGGUGACUGUACUGCCAGACUUCCACUGGGAUUCACACACAAAGGGCAUCAUUCUAGGGUCUUUCUUCUAUGGUUAUAUAUUCACUCAAAUUCCUGGAGGUUAUUUGGCUACCAAGAUUGGUGGAAAGCUGCUGUUUGGUGGUGGGGUAUUUCUAACAGCUGUGCUCACUUUACUAACACCAUUGUGUGCUCGAUGGAGUGUAUAUUUGUUAGUCGCAGCCAGAAUACUUAUGGGACUUUUUGAGGGUGUGACAUAUCCAUCCAUUCACGCAAUAUGGGCGAAAUGGGCUCCACCUCUUGAGAAAACAAAGUUGGCAACCCUAGCAUUUUCAGGGUCAUAUGUUGGUACAGUUAUAUCACUCCCUCUAUCAGCAGCUCUCGCAGAAAGCAGUGCAGGAUGGCCGGCCAUAUUUUAUGUAUUUGGUUCAAUAGCUGUGAUUUGGUUUCUACUCUGGUGUUUUCUGGUAGCUAAGAGUCCAGCUAAACACCCAUCUAUUAGCAAUAAGGAAUUAGAAUAUAUACAAGGCAAUAUAGGAUACACUGAUGAACAAACUCAGGAUCUGAAGCCACCCUGGUUGAGUAUGUUGACAUCUCUACCAGUCUGGGCUAUAGUUGCAGCCCACUUUGCAGAGAACUGGGGAUUUUAUACAUGGCUUACUGAGCUACCAUCUUUUAUGAAUGAUGUAUUACAUUUUAACAUGUACCAGGCUGGUUUCCUGGCAGCUAUUCCCUACUUGUUGAUGGCCAUUGUGGUACAAGGAGGCGGCCAUCUUGCUGAUUUCCUUCGUGGUCGAGUUCAAGUCUCUACAGAAGCUGUACGCAAAAUAUUUACAUGUGGAGCAUUUAUUAUCCAAGUUGUGUUCAUGAUUGGUGCAGGGUACACGAUGACACGUACAGCAUGUAUGGUGUGUCUAUCUAUAGCUGUAGGUAUAGGAGGGUUUGCAUGGGGAGGCUUUAGUGUAAACCAUCUAGAUAUUGCUCCACAGUAUGCCAGCAUAUUGAUGGGGUUGUCAAACACGUUUGCCACUUUACCCGGUAUCAUCAGUCCGGGUCUUACUUCAGUCAUUGUCACAACAAAGGGAGACGCUGGACAAUGGCAGAUUGUAUUCUAUAUAGCUGCUGCUAUAUAUCUAGCUGGUGCAAUAUUGUACGGUAUAUUUGCCUCGGGCAAGAGACAAAAAUGGGCAGAGGUUCCAACGGGGUAUUUACCUCAUACAGAAGGUGUGGAACAUGAUGAUUGACCUGAUGAUUGACCUUACAUUUACUAAAAUGAGCCGGGUCAUGACAAA